GGACUUUCAUUGUAACCAUUAACUGCAGCCUCAAUACCUCCACACGAGAUUUGUCAGCGAUUUAAUCACAUUCUACGACUAUUUUGCGAACUGAUUUUAAAGUAGACAUUCUUGUAGUAUUUAUUCCUAGGAAUAGAAGGUUUGAGACGCGUGAAAACCUAUAGAAAACGGCGGUGAUUUCUCAGUGAAACAGGUGAGUACUUUCACUAACGUUACUGUAGUCUGUACCAAGAAAAGGUUACUUUGCUGCGCUGUCACUACGUUAGCUGUCAACGUAGAAACUGUAGCACGCUAGAAGAGAAAGUGUAACUUUAGUCAUCUUAGCUACGAAGUGAUUGCAACGUAUCUUACGUUAGCUAGCUACUUUAUGCUUCCUCACAAACUUUUUGGCUAGAUAGGCUACAGAUAAUAGAAUAGCUAUGUUUGAAAGUUUCUGUUUUCACAAUCAUUUGUAUUUUCUCCCAGCCCCCCACCCAAAACUCAGGAUGAGUAAAAACAAGGUGUUGAAUCUGAAGGACAAAAUCGAUGGCAACGAGAUGGAUCUGAGCCUCUGUAACCUCACUGAAGUUCCUGUUAAAGAACUGGUAGGUCAACAAUGGCACACUCACACCACAUUACCUUUAUAAAGCCAUGUAUUAUAGGCAGUAGUCUUGUUAUCAUACUGUUAUGUGUGUGCUUUCAGGCUGGCUUCCCUAAAGUCACAGUCCUGGAUCUGUCCUGCAACAACAUCACCUCCCUGCCUGUGAGUAACCUUGAAUGAACCCAGCCCCAAAGCCAAACACUGGUCACCACAAUCUUCAGUUCGGUCAGUUGUGUUAGCGCUGGACUUCAAAGCCUGCUCACAAUGUUGCUCUCCUCUGAAGACAAGUGGCUAAUGUAUUUUAAAGUAGAUAUUCGUUUAAAGACUAAUGUAUGGUAGCAACCCAGCCGGAUGGUCAAGGAGUUGUACUACAAUGUAUUAACAGGAGAGGUGUAUGGGUAGAGGAGAGGGGUGUAGGGGUUAACAGCACUAGUGUACCUUGAGUUUCCUCCGAGCGUUGAACUCGCGCAGACAUCCCACUGUCUCCUGUAUGGAUCAUAGACGCCACAGAGAGAUGAGUAUUACAGACUGUACAUAACUGUGUGUGUGGGUGUGUCCAGCUGGAGUUCUGCAGCCUCAGUCACCUGGUCAAGGUGGACCUCAGUAAGAACCAACUGACCGUUCUACCUGAUGAUCUGGGUCGCCUUGGCAACCUGCAACACCUGGACCUGUACAACAACAAGCUGACAAUUCUGCCUGUCAGCUUCUCACAGCUCAAGGUAGGUAAUACACACACACACUAGAAGUGGGAAUUGCCAGGGACCUCACGAUACUUAACCAUAUCUAAUCACUGAAGUCAUUAACCAGACAAUGACUUGCCCUCUAUUUAAUUAGAAAACAAAGGGAUUAGCAUGUUUAAAGAGGGAAGCAUGUUUCACCAUUGGCACCCAUGUUAUUUUGUACCCGUAUUUUACCAGGUAAGUUGACUGAGAACACAUUCUCAACGACCUGGGGAAUAGUUACAGGGGAGCGGAAUGAGCCAUCCGGAAGCUGGGGAUGAUUAGGUGGCCAUGAUGGUAUGAGGGCCAGAUUGGGAAAUUAGCCAGGACACCAGGGUUAACACCCCUACUCUUACGAUAAGUGCCAUGAGAUCUUUAGUGACCACAGAGAGUCAGGACACCCAUUUAAUGUACCAUCCGAAAGACAGCACCUUACACAUGGCAAUGUCCCCAAUCACUGCCCUGGGGCAUUGGGAUAUGUUUUUAGACCAGAGAAAAGAUUGCCUCCUACUGGCCCCCUCCAACACCACUUCCAGCAGCAGCUGGUCUCUCAUCCAGGACCAACCCUGCUUAGCUUCAGAGGCAAGCCAGCAGUGGGAUGCAGGGUGGUAUGUUGCUGGUCAAGAUCUGCCCGGGUAUAGUAGUUAGUUCCCCUCACCAAGCUCUUCUAGAGCAGUAGUUCAAGCAGGCAAACUACAGCACAAUAUGAGGGCCAUGUUCACUGAUGCCAUUCUGCUGGAAAUAAAUUGGACCAGGAACUAGAGUUAAUUUAUUAAAAGUAAAUCAAAUGUUAUUUUCCACAUGCACCAAAUACAACAGGUGUAGACAUUACAGUGAAAUGCUUACUUAACCAACAAUGCAGUUUAAGAUAAAAAAAAAAAAAAAGCAAAUAAUUAAAGAGCAGCAAUAAAAUAACAGUAGGGAGGUUAUAUACAGGGGGUACCGGUACAGAGUCAAUGUGCGGGGGCACCGGUUAGUCGAGGUAAUAUGUACAUGUGGGUAGAGUUAAAGUGACUAUGCAUAGAUAAUAAACAGAGUAGCAGCAGCGUAAAAGAGGGGGUUGGGGUAGGGUGGGGUGUGGGGGCAAUGCAAAAAGUCUGGGUAGCCAUGAUUAGCUGUUCAGGAGUCUUAUGGCUUGGGGAUAGAAGCUGUUAAGAAGCCUUUUGGACCUAGACUUGGCGCUCCGGUACCGCUUGCCGUGCGGUAGCAGAGAGAACAGUCUAUGACUAGGGUGGCUGUAGUCUUUGAUAAUUUGUAUGGCCUUCCUCUGACAUCGCCUGGUAUAGAGGUCCUGGAUGGCAGGAAGCUUGGCCCCAGUGAUGUACUGGGCCGUACGCACUACCCUCUGUAGUGCCUUGCGGUCGGAGGCCAAGCAGUUGCCAUACCAGGCGGUGAUGCAGUCAGGAUGCUCUCGAUGGUGCAGCUGUAGAACUUUUUGAGGAUCUGAGGACCCAUGCAACAUCUUUUCAGUCUCCUGAGGGGGAAUGGGCUUUGUCGUGCCCUCUUCACGACUGUCUUGGUGUGUUUGGACCAUGAUAGUUUGUUGGUGAUGUGGACACCAAGGAACUUGAAGCUCUCAACCUGUUCCACUACAGCCCCGUAGAUGAGAAUGGGGGCGUGCUCAGUCCUCUUUUUAUUCCCUGUAGUCCAUGAUCCUCUCCUUUGUCUUGGUCACGUUGAGGGAGAGGUUGUUAUCCUGGCACCACACAAUAAGCCCACAAAUGUGGGCUUAAUGCGUGUGUGUGGAAAUACUGCUGACUUUGCAAAAUGAGUUAGUGAUGAUACUUCUCAUGUAAUAGAUGCCAGAGGGGCAUAGUGUUCCGAGAAGCUAUAAAAGCUUCAAAUGGUGCGCGGAAUGAAAAAUUUAUUCACCCCCGGGUCCCAAAAGUCCAAUUUUUACCACUAUUAUUCAUUAAUAUGGUUAUCUGCUUAAUUCUAUUAUAUAUAUAUAUAUAUAUUAGUAAUAUUUACUGUUACUUAAUUUAUUUUUGGUGGACACAGAUAUUAAUCAGAAAAAAUUGUAAAUCCCUGUGAAUUAGCUGGGAAUAAACUUUGAAUCCGACCAUCAACAGUAGGAAAAGCUAACUGUAAUCAACCAAUCCAUAACCUUUCACGACAAUCUGAAAAUUCUAUUGUUAGACAGUUAAUUACAAACAGUUUUAAAAACACUUAAGUCAUUUGUGCCUUUCAUCACCAAGACUACACAGUGAACUCUACAAUAAGCCAGCUAUCUUUGACCACAGUGGCAUAUGGAUGGAGGUUGAAGACAUUCAACAUUUUACACAGUCUCAACAGGCUUCUUUUUUUCUGUGUGUGUGCGUGCGUGCGUGUGUACAGAACCUGAAGUGGCUGGAUCUGAAGGACAACCCUCUGGAAAUCAACCUGGCCAAGGCUGCAGGAGACUGUCUGGAUGAGAAACAGUGUAAACAAUGUGCUGCCAGGGUAAGACUGGGAGGGAGAGAUGAGAAGGUAGGCAGAGAGAAGUUGAGGAGAUUCAGCAACUCUUGGAGGACAAUGGAAGUUGAUGAUAAAAGCUUCUUCAUUGUUAAAGGAGCAGAGGGAGGGAGGAAAGAGGGGGAUGAAUAAAGGAGGUGGUGAAGGGAAGUAGAGAUACAAAUAGAAAUUAAGGGAGGAGAGGGGGAGGAAGCAAACGUUGGGAUAGACUAGAGGUUUGUUUGGUUCUAGCAUGUCGUUUCAACUACAAUGUGAUUGUAGGUGCUCCAGCUCAUGAGGAUCCUUCAGGACGAGGUAGACAAAGAGAGGGAGCGGCGCCUCCUAAAGGACAAAGGUAGGUACUACAAUGCAGGUGCCAGUGGUCAGUCAACGGGCUCUGCCUGGGGCUCUGCCUGGGGCUGUGUCCAACAUGGCACCCUUUUCCCUAUGUAGUGCAGUACUUUUGACCAAAGCAUAGGGCUCUAAUCAAAAGUAGUGCACUAUAUGGGGAAAAGGGUGCCGUUUGGGACAUAACCUAGGAUUGCUAGAAGCGAUCAAAUAAAAUGUUAUUGGUCGCAUACACAUAUUUAGCAGAUGUUAUUGCGGGUGUAGUGAAAUGCUUGUGUUCCUAGCUCCAACAGUGCAGUAAUAUCUAACAAUACACAGAAAUACACGCAUCUAAAAGUAAAAUAAUGGAAUUAAGAAAUAUAUAAAUAUUAGGACGAGCUAUGUCGUAGUCCGGAUUAUAAAUAUGUAUAUAUACGAGCAAUGUCGUAGUCCGGAGUAUAAAUAUGUACAGUACCAGUCAAAAGUUUGGACACACCUACUCAUUUCAGGGUUUUUCCUUAUUUUUACUAUUUUUUACAUUGUAGAAUAAUAGUGAAGACAAAACUAAUAAAUAAAAAAUAUGGACUCAUGUAGUAACCAAAGAAGUGUUAAACAAAUCAAAAUAUAUUUUAUAUUUGAGAUUCUUCAAAGUAGCCAUCCUUUGCCUUGAUGACAGUGUUGCACACUAUUGGCAUUCUCUCAACCAGCUUCAUGUGGUAGUCACCUGGAAUGCAUUUCAAUUAACAGGUGUGCCUUGUUAAUUUGUGGAAUUUCUUUCAUUCUUAAUGCGUUUGGGCCAAUCAGUUGUGUUGUGACAAGGUAGGGGGGGGGUACACAGAAGAUAGCCUUAUUUGGUAAAAGACCAAGUCCAUUUUAUGUCAUGAACAGCUCAAAUAAUCAAAGAGAAACGACAGUCCAUCAUUACUUUAAAAAGGAGAAGAACUUUGAAAGAGGGGACUGUGUGAAUCAGGCAUUCAUGGUCGAAUUGCUGCAAAGAAACCACUACUAAAGGAAGAAUAUGACCCUGCCUUACACAGGAAGCGGCACAGGUCCUAAUCCAGGCACUUGUCAUCUCCCGUCUGGAUUACUGCAACUCGCUGUUGGCUGGGCUCCCUGCCUGUGCCAUUAAACCCCUACAACUCAUCCAGAAUGCCGCAGCCCGUCUGGUGUUCAACCUUCCCAAGUUCUCUCACGUCACCCCGCUCCUCCGCACACUCCACUGGCUUCCAGUUGAAGCUCGCAUCUGUUACAAGACCAUGGUGCUUGCCUAUGGAGCUGUGAGGGGAACGGCACCUCCGUACCUUCAGGCUCUGAUCAGUCCCUACACCCAAACGAGGGCAUUGCGUUCAUCCACCUCUGGCCUGCUGGCUCCCCUUCCUCUGCGGAAGCAUAGUUCCCGCUCAGCCCAGUCAAAACUGUUCGCUGCUCUGGCACCCCAAUGGUGGAACAAGCUCCCUCACGACCUUCCGGAGACAUUUGAAACCCCACCUCUUUAAGGAAUACCUGGGAUAGGAUAAAGUAAUCCUUCUACCCCCCCCCCCCCCCCCCCUAAAAAAAUUUUAAAAAAAUAAUAAAAUAAAAUAUUGUGAAGUGGUUAUCCCACUGGCUAUAGGGUGAAUGCACCAAUUUGUAAGUCGCUCUGGAUAAGAGCGUCUGCUAAAUGACGUAAAUGUAAAUAUGUGGAUAGAAUAGUAUAUGUACAGCAGUAGUUAGAUAGGAUAGGCCUUGACUAGAAUACAGUACAUACAUUUAAAGUGGGUAAAACAGUAUAUAAACAUGAUUAAAGUGUCCAGUGUUCCAUUAUUAAAGUGACCAGUUACACAGGGCAGCAGCCUCUAAGGUGCAGGGUUGAGUAACCGGGUGGUAGCCGGCUAGUGACAGUGACUAAGUUCAGGGCAGGGUACUGGGUGGAGGCCGGCUAGUGAUGGCUAUUUAACAGUGAUGGCCUUGAGAUAGAAGCUGUUUUUCAGUCUCUUGGUCCCAGCUUUGAUGCACCUGUACUGACCCCGCCUUCUGGAUGAUAGCGGGGUGAACUCGGGUGGCUGAGGUCCUUGAUAAUCUUCUUGGCCUUCCUGUGACAUCGGGUGCUGUAGAUGUCCUGGAGGGCAGGCAGUGUGCCCCCGGUGAUGCGUUGGGCAGACUGCACCGCCCUCUGGGGAGCCCUGCGGUUGCGGACGGUGCAGUUGCCGUACCAGGCGGUGAUUCAGCCCGACAGGAUGCUCUCAAUUGGUCACCUGUAAAAGUUUAUGAGGGUCUUAGGGGCCAAGUCGAAUUUCUUCAGGCUCCUGAGGCCUUCUUCACCACACUGUCUGUGUGGGUGGACCAUUGUCAGUGAUUGGUACGCCGAAGAACUUGAAGCAUUUCACCUUCUCCACUGCGGCCCCGUCGAUGUGGAUGGGGGCAUGCUCCCUUUGCUGCCUCCUGAAGUCCACGAUCUGCUCCUUCGUUUUGUUGAGGGAGAGGUUAUUUUCCUGGCACAACUGGAGGGGGCUGAGCAUGCAUCCUUGUGGCGCCCCUGUGUUGAGGAUCAGGGUGGUGGAGGUGUUGUUUCAUACCUUCUCCAGCUGGGGGCAGCCCAUCAGGAAGUGCAGGACUCAGUUGCUCAGGUCGGGGUUCAGACCUAGGGCCCCGAUUAAAAAAUUAAAUAAAUAAAGAAAAAUCAAAAUAAUAGUACUUUUUACACAUUUUUCUCCCCAAUUUCGUGAUAUCCAAUUGUCCCAUCACUGCAACUCCCGUACAGACUCGGGAGAGGUGAAGGUUGAGGGCUACGCGUCCUCCGAAACACUAACCUGCCAAGUCGCACUGCUUCUUGACACACUGCUCGCUUAACCCGGAAGCCAGCCACACCAAUGUGUCGGAGGAAACAACAUGCAACUGUGUCAGCGUGCAUGCGCCCGGCCCGCCACAGGAGUCGCUAGAGCGCGAUGGGACAAGUACAUCCCGGCCGGCCAAACCCUCCCCUAACCUGGACGACGCUGGGCCAAUUGUGCGUCGCUUCAUGGGUCUCCCAGUCGCGGUCAGCUGCGACACAGCCCGGGAUCUAACCCAGAUCUGUAGUGAUGCCUCAAGCGUUGCAUUGCCUUAGACCGCUGCGCCAUUCGGGAGGCCUCAGGGCCCUGAGCUUAGUGAUGAGCUUGGAGGGUACUAUGGUGUUGAUGGCUGAGCUGUAGUCAAUGAACAGCAUUCUUACAUAGGUAUUCCUCUUGUCCAGAUGGAAUAGUGCAGUGCGAUGGCGAUUGCAUAAUCCGUGGAUCUAUUGGGGCGGUAUGCAAAUUGCAGUGGGUCUAGGGUGUCACGUAAGGUGAUAUGAUCCUUAACUAGCUUCUCAAAGCACUUCAUGAUGACAGAAGUGAGUGCUACGGAGCGAUGGUCCAGUUACCUUUGCGUUCUUGGGUACAGGAACAAUAGUGGACAUCUUGAAGCAAGUGGGGACAGCAGACUGGGACAGGGAGAGAUUUAAUAUGUCCGUAAACACUCCAGCCAGCUGGUCUGCGCAUGCUCUGAGGACACCGCUAGGGUUGCCAUCUGGGCCAGCAGCCUUGCGAGGGUUAACACGCAGGUAACAUGUCUUACUCACGUCGACCACGGAGAAUGAGAGCUCACAGUCCUCGGGAGCGUCCCGCGUCGGUGGCACUGUGUUAUCCUCAAAGCGGGCGAAGCUUGUCCAGGAGCAAGACGUUAGUGUCCACGAUGUGGCUGGUUUUCCCUUUGUAAUCCGCGAUUGUCUGGAGUCCCUGCCACAUGCGUGUCACUAUGGGUUCGCUCGUGUUAUUUCAGACUUUUUUAACAUUGUUAGCUCAGAGCAACUGAUAUCACUGACUAUCUAGCUUGCCAUGAUUAUAGCUAGGAAUUUGAUAAAAUUGAAUAAACAUUAUUAUUCCCCACUGGGCAAUCAUUGAACGAGACCACAAACAUGUUAAUGGAAGCAGCGGGAGAAAUACACUGAGUGUACAAAACAUGAAGAACACCUUCCUAAUAUUAAGUUGCCCCCUUUCUGCCCUCAGAACAGCCUCAAUUCGUCGGGGCAUGGACUCUACAAGGUGUUGAAAGCGUUCCACAGGGCCCAUAUUGACUCCAAUGCUUCCCACAGUUGUGUCAAGUUGGCUGGAUGUCCUUUGGGUGGUGGACCAUUCUUGAUACACGGGAAACUGUUGAGUGUGAAAAACCCAGCAGCGUUGCAGUUCUUGACACAAACCAUUGCGCCUGGCUCCUACUACCAUACCCUGUUCAAGGGCACUUAAAUAUUUUGUCUUGCCCAUUCACCCUCUGAAUGGCACACAUAUACAAUCCGUCUCAAGGCUUCAAAAUCCUUCUUUUAACAUGUCUCCUCCCCUUCGUCUACACUGAUUUGAAGUAUUUAACAAGUGACAUCAAUAAGGUAUCAUAGCUGGAAAGAGCAUGUUUUGUACACAGUGUAUAUUGCACAUGACAGAGUGAACAUAUCAAAGCUUAUGUUAAUAUUUUGUAUUUCUUCUAUCGCGUUAGAACUGGAGAAGAAGAAAGAGACGAAGCAGAGAGAGAGGGAGGCGAAAGAGAGGGAGGCUCGUAAACGAGAGAAGGCAGAGGCGAAGGAGAGGAAGAGGAAGGAGUACAACGCUCACGUGGCUGCCUUGGCCGUCCAGGAACAGAAGAAUAAGAGAAAAGAAGAGAAGAAAAAGCGUAAUGGACAGAUAGCAGCAGGUAUGCAAUGGGCGCGUUCCAGGUUGUCUUUCAUGCAGUCGUGCAGUGCUCGUGUUGACUAUACAGCGAACGUCACUUAUGUCACUCCUCUCUCUCCCCAGAUAAGAAAGCAGCAGCUGAAUCCGCCCCCAAAGCCCGAAGGCGCUCUCUCAUUGGCCUGCUUUUCAAGCUCCUCCUCCUGGUGCUGCUGGGAUUAGCUGGAGUUGUCGGGGUGUGUCAACUGACGGGGCUAAAGGAGGCGGCGGUGUGCGCACCAAUCAACAUUGCUGUGGACGACGGUUUAUCCUGGAUCCGGGAACAGGAAGUAGAUGUGAGGGUCAGAGAGCUGGUACAGGAAGUGGAUUUCAGAGCCAGAGAGCUGCUGCAGAAACUGACCUCUCUGGCGCCGCAUUUCCUCGAACCGCUCGGAGUCGCUCCCACGGCAACGGAACCCGUGGAAACAUUAGAAAACUGAGGAAGGAAGGACUGACGAGAAAAAAAGAAAGAUGGACGACCAGCUUAAAUUCCUAUGGAAUUUCGUCGCUCCUGGUUUCCUCUGUUUUGUAUGAUCUGUUUUUAACCAGUGGCUGUCUGCGUCACAAGUCUCACUUCCUAGUUCCCUACAGCAUGGGACUCUAUUCCAAAGUAGUGCAGUAUUAAAAAGGGAAUGGAGUGUGAUUGGAGACUUGCCCUGUGACUCAUGUGCACACUCCCAAGUCAACCCCCAGGCCCUACUACCCUCUACUACCCCCUACUACCUCCUACUACCCUCUAGGCACUGUAGAUCUGAACGGUCUGGAUAGGUGUAUUCUAUAUGGUGGAAACUCAAAGUUGCCCAUCAGAGGGCAAGGUAAAGAUACGAUAUAUACCUUUCCAUUCCUUUCAUAUCUACACAGGUGCACAGGGCGUAAAAGGUAGGGGUUGAUUUGGGAUUGAGCAAUAGUGACAGACCCUGUCUGUGCUGUGUCAAAGUCUUAAGAGUCCAACUGCCAAUCAGAGCCAGGUAUAGGCCAGAAUUUGAGCCAAUCAUAUUAUAAAUGGUAUCUUUGGUUGGUUGGGGCAGUCUGAGCAUGUGCAGUGAGGCUGUAAAUAUGGAGUAAUCCUGUGUGUCUACCAUCUGGGGCAAGUUGGCUGCACUCCUUUUUGUAACGCUUUCUCUGCUCAAGGACUGUCAACAUCAAUAAAUGCCUUUAAGCUGG